AUGACGCUUCACGUCCACGAUUUUCGCGCACCAGCAGGGAGUCUGACUGCCGCGUGGCUUGUUUAUUUCCUUUUCCUUUUUUCUCUCAUGGAAUCUCAAGCUCGCUUGUCUCCGCUCUCCUCUACUUUGUUCUCUGACCUAGCCAGCAACAGAGGGCUGUGUCAUUUCUCCUCGCCCUCGCCUGCAGUUGGGGCCGUAGGCGCCUCUGGUGUGGGUUCCCUCGCUGCAGCAGGUCGACAUGCAGCCUCUGCAAAAUGCCUUCGGCGCUUGCCUUUGUCGAGCCACAGGAAUCCGCGACGUAAUCCCCAUGCGCGCCGUCUGGACGCUUUGCUGAAGCCUCCUCCACAGAAGUGGAGUGACGGCAGUUCCGAUCCCGAGGCGCCCGUCAGUGACACCGGUAGCUUCUGCCUCAGGACCGUUCGUUUUUGCUUAUCCCAGGGGCCGAGUCGUGCGAGGAAUCUGCCGAGACGGCUGGCAGACGUCUCGACCGUGGGCAGCGUCAUUGCGUCCCCUGUGUCCUCCCCGGCGGCAGCGGCUUCGUUGAUCUUGGGUGUCUACGAACAUGUGGCGGAACGCGCCCGGAGGCGGGGACCGGAACUGUUUCAUCCCGGCGCAAGCACAACCACAGAGGAAACACCAAGGGAAACUGGUGGUCUGGUCUCCACGGCGUGUAGCUGUGGUUCAACCAGACAGACCGCCGGUGUCUCUCUGGCACACCUAACGCACAGAGAAUGCCGCCCAGACGUGGGUGACCCCGAGAGGUUCACGAGUGACGGUGCUCGAAGGGGCGGAGACACCGGUGUAGAUAAGGAGGCAGCGAGUGUGGAGGGCGAGGCGAACUGGGAUUGGGAUGCUUGGCUGAUGAGAGAGAGAGAAAAGUGGCUCUCGGGGACGCAUCACUCGCUGCUGAUUCAAAAGAAAGCCCGAUUCAAGGGUCGAGGAAGGCGGGUAUUGAGCGACAAGAAAAAGUGGGAAGUUCUGUUUGACAGGACCUCCGCUCCCGCGACAACGGGGCCUGUAGAGGCUACGGCCUCUGGGACAGGCAGCUGCGCCUUUGAUUUGAAACAGGGCGGCAGCGGGCAGUCACCCCGGGGCGGGAACGAAGACGAAGUGGCGUCUAGACAGGGAAGGGUGCCAGGCGAAGGCGCACAGUCCCAAGGCUACGGCGCGCCUCUUUCAAAGACCGGUCUGAUACCGACGUCUGGUGAGGGGGAGAAACAGCCUCUGAGUCAAGGCAGUCUACAUUUAAUAGGGGAGGGACUAGAUCGACAGGCCUUUGAGGAGAGACUCCUUAAGUCAAAGUUCCUUUGGCCCCUCCAACCGAACAACGGCGCCGCUCUCCGUUCCAUCCAGUACAUGCCAGCUGCGUACGAGUUGUUCCUCUCCGUGGCUCGGCGAGUGCGGAACGCUCCAGGUGGACACCAAGAGGAGGACAACGAAGACAACAGUGAGGACUACGCAGGAGAUCCAACGCAUGCGCCAAGACAACGUGGACAACAGAGGAAGAAACGCUCGCCAUACGAACGGGUUAACCAGUUUUUGCAGACGAGUCCGGUGGCUCCCGAUGCAGUUGACUGCGUAUGGCGUGCCCUGACGCGCGUGGUUACCGGCCCAUUUGGGGAGGUUUUGCCUCCUCGAACAUCUCUCUCAUGCCCGACACUGGCGGCUGUCAGCGACACGCAAGGACUGAAUUCUGGCCGGCGGCUCUACCGUGGCGACUUCCUCCGAUCGAUCUGGGAGUGGGCUCCAGCAGAUGGGUUCGUCGACUGGGAGUCCUUCUUGUUUUUUCUGGACGAGGUUCCGUCUGACGGGGUUGAGUCACUCUUCAACUGA